UUAAAAAAGAAGGUUUCUAAACGAUUUCAUGCCUGUAAUAAAGUCCUGUUCGCUUCGGCAAUUAUUUUUGCAGACUUUUAACGGAUGACAGCCAGUAAAAUGCACUAGAUAAUAAAACUCUCUCAGAUGGCAACAUCAAUAAUUGAAACUGAUGUUACAAAACUUGUUGAAGCUACAGAGAAAAAAUUGUUCUAUUGUAAGCUGUGUUACUACAAAACAACUUGUCCAGGAGUGUUGAAAGUUCACGAGCUGAUCCACCAAGCAGAAAAUUUUGAUAAGAAAGAGAAUAGAAAUGACAGUGACAGUUGUGGUCAAAAUUGGGACAGAAGAUGCCUGAGUUAUCGAAUUUGUCCAAUCUGCAUGUAUAAGUGUGGGAGGACAGGCAACAUGGCCAGGCAUAUACGAACACACACUGGAGAAAAACCAUUCUCUUGUAUGGAGUGUGAUUACAAAUGCACAACUCUUGGCUCCUUGCACAGACACUACAAGGUACAUACAGGUGAAAAACCAUUUUCCUGCACAGAAUGUGAUUACAAAUGUGCACUGGCAGAUACACUAAGAGAACACAUGAAAAAACACAGUGGUGAAAAGCCUUUUGUAUGCAGUGUCUGUGGAUACAAGUGUACGAGGGCUGGCAACUUAGAUAGACAUAUGAGAAAGCAUACUGGAGAACGACCUUACUCAUGCCCUCAUUGUGGUUAUAAAUGUUCUCAAGCGGGUAAUUUAAAAGAACACAUAAAAACUCAUACAGAAGAAAAACCGUUCUUCUGUACAGAGUGUACCUACAGAUGUACAAGAGCUGCCAAUUUAGACAGGCAUAUGAAAAUUCACCCUGGAAAACAGUUAUCAUGCCCUAAAUGCCGAUACCUAACACUUUCCGCAGUCGAUUUUCAAAAACACUUCAAAACUCAUUUUCAGAAGCAUUAUUUUGUAUGCACUAUUUGUCAGUAUAAUUGUUUUGAUCCGGAAGAUUUUGAUGGGCAUCAGUUUAUAAAGAAAAAUGAAAAGGGUGAAGUAGAAAAUAAAGGAAGCCCUAAACUUUGUUCAGGUUCAAAAAUGCUACACUGUAGUCGAUGUGAUUAUGUAUGUUAUGAAAUGCUAGAAUUAAGCAUUCAUAUCGCCAAGCACCCGAAGGAAGAAUUCCCUGACAUGAAGCAGGAAAUCAGAGCUCAAUUAAACUCGGUGACAAACACUUUUUUAAAGUACGGCAGGAACAAAAGAGAAUUAGGUAUUAGGAGUUUGCCCGAUACGAGAACGACCAAAGGUAAAAUGCGAUGGAAGUUAGAAUCUCUUGAUCACAGGCUCCUCGAAAAUAGAAUAAAUGGUAAAAGCUGCACUGCUGGGAAAGAACCAGUCGUCUGUGUAAUAUGUGGCCUUGUGUGUAUCUCACUAGAAGAACUGAAGCAACAUUCCACCAUCCAUAAGACUGAACACUACAUCGAAAUUUCUUCUCAAAAUAUCAAAUCACUUGUUUGUUUACAAUGUGAACAUUUAACUGGAGACGACCUCGAAGAGCAUAAACGUUCUCACAAAGACCAACAAAUAACUGUUAAAAUUUCUAAUGGCUACGGAAAUACCAUUAAUAACAUGAUUAAACCUCCUAGUCAAAUAUGCGUAUUAAGCCCGACCGAAAUUUUAAAAAAGUUUAACACGGGCUUCGACAGUGAUGUGAAUAAUGAAAACGAGAUGAAAGAAGAAACAAAACUCGAGGAUGAAUUAUUGCAAAAUACUUCAAAUGAUACCGAAGAAAGAAAUGUUUUUGAACAAGAGGACAAAAUAAAUCAAGAAAAACCACAGUCUUCUUAUCAAGAUUUACUUAUUAAAAAGGACGAAACGAUAGCAAACAAAGACAAUGAUUUUCACACGCUCCAGCCUGUAAAUCAAAACGUAUUGUCAUGUAAUAAACCCCAUAAAUGCUCUAAGUGCAAUUUGACCUUUGCUUCAAUUCAAGAGCUCCAAGAUCAUAAAAAAUCACACAAGUAUGACAAGCAUUUUUGUUGCAUAGAAUGUGAUUAUCGUUGUUCGAGCCUGAGCAGUUUGACUCGUCAUAUAAGAACUCAUACCGGAGAGAAGCCUUAUUCUUGUGAAAUGUGCGAUUAUUCUUCUGCUCAGGCAUGCGAUCUUGUGAAGCAUAAGAGAAAGCACACGGGAGAAAAGCCUUACAUUUGUUCUAUCUGUGAUUACGCUUGUACACAAUCUGGCGAUUUAAAGAAACACAUGAGAAAACACACCGGAGAAAAACCUUUUUCGUGUACUUAUAAAACGUGUAAGUUUACUUGCUCGCAAGGCAGCGAUUUGAAGAGGCAUGAAAAACGCCACUACAAAGAAAAACCAUACAAAUGUGCUGAAUGUGAUUUUAGCUGCAACGUUUACAUAUUUCUAAUCAACCAUUUGCAGAGUCAUAGUGACAAAUCUAAUUUUAUGUGUGUGAAAUGUGGAUUCAUAUCUCAGGAUGAAGAAGGGUUGGAUAAACACAUUGCAAGCCACGAUGUCAAUGAUGCCAAUAGAAAUGCAAUUUAUUGCACUCUGUGUGAUUAUAAAUGCAGUCACCCUUCAAGGCUCAGAGAUCACUUCAGGAUACAUUCAGGGGAAAGGCCGUUUGUUUGCAACCUGUGUAACGCUAGGUUCAAAAUUAAUUCAACUCUUAGGCGGCAUGUGCUGACGCAUUCUGGUGAAAAACCCUUCGCGUGUUCACAGUGCGAAUACAGGUGUUUGAGAGCAGAAGACCUCCCGAGUCACAUGAAAACACACACAGGUGAAAAACCAUACAAAUGCACUGAUUGCGACUACACCUGUGCUCACACUGGUGCUCUUCGGCGCCACUACAGGAAACACACUGGUGAAAAACCUUACAGCUGUAAAGAAUGUACUUUUACUUCUAUUUGUGCUGGAAAUCUUAAGAAACAUAUGAAAAAACAUAAGAAAGAUUAAUCUACAAACAAUAAUUUAAGGGAAUUUAUGUUGUAAUAAAUACUUUAUUUUUUCUUAA